UCGCCGAGAGAAUUAGACGGGCACGGUCUCCAAGGAUUUACGCUCCACACAGGCAAAUUCCUUCUGCAUUUGCCGCGUUAUUCUUCCUGAAGUUACAUUUUCCGAAACCGAGAAGAGCUUCUUGUGCUAUAUUUCGUUGGACGUUCCUGCUUCCAGCGGGCGGGCGACGUACGAUGAGCGCACCGACUUUCGAGAAGAAGAUAACGAACAUUUUAUCCGAGCUCCCCGGCCCUAUGAGCUGCCACUCCGCAGCGAAAGACUCUCCGACUCUGCCGGAGUCCUCCGCGACGGACAUGGGUUACUACAGCGGACAGACGGCGCACGGCCAGCACGAAUACUACCACGGCCAGUCCUACUCGCAGCCCAUAAACCCCUACCCGUAUCACCAGUUUAAUCUGAACGGGAUGGGGGGCGCGGGGGCCUACCCCACCAAAUCAGAAUACCCCUUCUCCCACUCGUACAGACAAUAUGGACAUUACAACAGGGACCUCCAGACGCCACCUCAGGACCUAGUCAAAGAAGAACCAGAGCCCGAAGUGCGCAUGGUAAACGGGAAGCCGAAGAAAAUCCGCAAGCCCCGCACCAUUUACUCCAGCUACCAGCUCGCCGCGCUGCAGAGGCGGUUCCAGAAGGCGCAGUACCUGGCCCUCCCGGAGCGAGCCGAGCUGGCGGCGCAGCUGGGCCUGACGCAAACGCAGGUCAAGAUUUGGUUUCAGAACCGGCGGUCCAAGUUCAAGAAGCUGUACAAGAACGGAGAGGUGCCGCUGGACCACAGCCCGAACGCCAGCGACUCCAUGGCCUGCAACUCCCCGCCGUCCCCGGCGGUCUGGGACAGUGCUGCCCACAGCAACCCCGCCGGCAGGGGGCAGCUCCCGCAGCCGCCGCUCAGCUCUUCGCCCUCCUACAUGGAAGAUUACAGCAGUCACUGGUACCAGCAAGGGCCCCAUUUACAGCACCCGGGCGCCGUACACCACACCCCGCCGGCCCAGAGCGUGGGGGCGGUGUAUUAAUGCGCAAAGACUUGUUUAUAUGUCUCAAAAGGGAAAAGACUUUUCACACGCAACUGUUUUUCAUCAUGAUAGUAUUCCACCCAAGCAAUCGACUUCAAAAAGAAGAAAAUAAAAUAAUGCAGAAAAUAAAAAUUAUUAUUAAUAAUAAAUAAGCUGACUCCGGGAUACACUUAAAUGCAAGAUGCUGUUCUGCUUCGGACGUGAUCGAGGCGCCAGGACAGCGUCACUACAUGUUCCUACUGUGUACUUUGCUUCGUUACCUUAGGCCUACCAAAAAGUGAUAUUUACUAGCAUUUAAAACUUAAAAAUGUAAAAAAUAUAUAUAUUUUUGUAUAUGUCGAACCUGUCAUCGCUAGUGUGCAAAGUGUCAGUUACUGCAAAUUUCAUAGAUUUCGAAUUUUGAAUACAUUGACAACUUAGGUUUGGCAAUAUUUGCAUCGAGUAUUAUCCAUGGAGUUGCAGUAAUUUAUAUAUUUGUCAAAUGACAUGUAUUUAGACAUAUAUAAAAUAGUUUCUUUGAUUUUCGAAAAAAUUGAUUUUGGAAAAUACACGAUGUUUGCUUAAGGGUUAUAUCACUAGGCUUGUUACGUGCUCUGUCGUGUUUUUCUUAAAUUAUUAAUGACUGUUGUUUUAUUAUGUUCGUUGUUUUAUGUCUAAUUGUAGGAAUGAAAAUGUCUUCUUGCAAUAACUCAGUAAAACUGGUAGAUCAAAGAGGAAAAAUACAUAUUUCAAACUACAGGUUGCCUACUUGUAUAACCCAUGGUAAAUAUAGGUAGAGUGGAAACCAGUAUGUGCUAUAUAAACUCAGGUCAUUAUUUAUAUAUUUUGUAAAAAAAACCAAACAAAAAAAGUUUAAAUCUGUAAAUAGAGCUUUGUUUUGUAUGAAACGUAAACCACUAAAUACACAUUCGCUUUUUAAUUGCAACCUUUGGUGCUUGAACCUUUAAAAUAACUCCUGAAAUUAUUUGUAACUAUAGAAUGUAUUAUUCUGUUAAUGAGUGAAUAAAUUGUGUAGAAAUUAA